GCGAAACAAAUAAUAAAAACAAUAUUGGUUUUGUUUGUUUUUAUAAGGCGAGGCUCUGUUGCCAAGGUUGGCAAUCGUGGAGGUUGUUGUAUGGGCUUCAGUUAGUGAAAUCCGAUUCACUGAGGUGUCUGGGAAGUACUUUUUCUACCAAAUCCAAGCAGCAUAACCAAGUUUGGUUAUCUGCAUUAUGAAAACCUUCAAGUAGAAAAGUAUUUAUUAUAUGUAUGUGCCAUUGAAGCUUUAUAACAUAUCUUGGUAAUAUACUCAGUGCAAUGGAUCAGACUCCACAAGAAAUCAUGCAUUCUUUAUUUUCCCUUGAUUCUAGCAUGGAAAAUCGUGGACACCUGUAUACUUAUAACUAUCCUUAUGGGCAGUAUUCAUAUCCAUAUCCAUACCCAUAUCCAGGCUCCCAUCCUCCACCAACUCACAUGAGUAUUUCUUCUACAUCUCAUGGUAUCCCCCCAUCCCCACAUCCUAUUCCAUUGCCAACAGAAAAUUCAGUGGUACAUCAAGGAAAUCUAUCUUCAUAUCCAGCUGGAGUGCAUGGCAUCCAUUCUUCGGUUGGUGAUGUGAGAGAACUGCCAGAUAAUAGAGUUAGGAUAUCAUCGCAUGUAAAUUCAGUAAAUUGUCAUGCUGCUGAAGAUCUUCAGAGCUCUUCAGCAGUCUCUGGAGCUUAUGGCAAUUCAAGAUAUCCAAUUGAUAUGCGACCCAUGGCAGUUGAACAGAGGUUUGUCGGAGACCAUAGACCUCUCUCUAACCAUCCUUGUACAUCAUUGGAUUCAAGUCAUUUGGGAGAUUGCCCUCAGCCAACAGAUUUAUCAGUGCAGCGUCUUGAUGCAAAAUUUUAUAGCAGUAUUCAUAAUGUUCCUGAAGACUUGAAAGAAACCCAGGAUGUUAAGGAGGGAAUUGAUCCAUGCAAUGUGCUAGAAGAUCAGAGAAAUUUAAAAGGCAAUACAAACCAUGAGGCACCAAAGAAUGAUAUGAACCAGUUGACAGACAAUUUUAAAUAUCCAAGAGAUUUGUGUACUUAUAAUAGUGUUGCACCUAGUAUAUCAAAACCUGAGGAAAUCCAGUUACCCUCAGGAGACUGCCAACCACCUUCAUCAGUUCUAAAUUCAAGGACACCAUCAUUAGGACAUGACUUGAGGAUGCAAGCUGUAGCUCAAGAACCUAGAAUUUCAGCGCCUGUCCAAGGUCUGAAGCAAGCCUGUGAAAAAGAGGUAGAGACGUACAAUCCUUCUGGAAUAAAUCCUGUCUGUGUUCCAAGCCACAAUGUGGGGUCAGAUGAUCUCAGUUCAGAGAAUGAGCAGUAUUAUGGAGGAAAAUCCAGUGUUUCCAUGGAGGAAAAAAUAAGUAUUAAUGGUCAGGCUAACAUGGAAUUAAGAAAAAUGAACACAGACUCAAGACUUUCAGUGGGAAAUGAGACCAGUUCCAGCAUUGAGAUGAAAUCACCUUCAAAUGGUAUUAAGAUGUUAUCAGAGGCUUCACUUGACUUUGAAAAAACAGAUGAAGCAAGUGUGCAGUAUGCAUCAACCAGUUCUCCUAGCACUUCUUUAGGUCUGGGUUCUCAUCCCUUAGGAGAACAUUUCAGAAGUAAAGGAGAGGAUAAAGAUUUUAGUAAUCUGGAUUCUAGUGUUACCUUGAGCAGUGGUACUGAAAUUUAUUUAGACAAAAAUAGUGAUGAAAAUACAGCUGUGACUAGGGCAGAGCAACUUUUGGCUGACAAAGACCAUGCUAAUAAUGAGAAGGGAACAGGCGAUGGAAAAAAUGAGAGGGAGGAUGAUGAUGAUGAGGAGGAAGAAGAAGAUGAAGAUGGUGAGGAGGAAGAAGAAGAGGAUUUUGAUUCAGAGGCAUCUACACCUGACUAUCCAAGCCCAUAUAUUGAGUUUAAUGACAUAGCCCACGGUGUUUUCAAAAAUAUCAGUAAUAUAGCUGGCCCUGCAAAGCCAUUCCAGUGUGAAGAUUGUGAUGCAACUUUUACAACUAAGGGAAAUCUGAAAGUGCACAAAAGAAUUCAUACAGGAGAGAGACCUUAUGAGUGUGAGGACUGUGGAAAAACUUUCUCUUAUUGUGCUUCAUAUCAGUCCCAUAAACUUAUUCAUAGUGGACAUAGACCUUUUAAAUGCGAAUUUUGUGAGAGAGCAUUCUUUCGGAGUGAGCACUUAGAGCGUCACAGGAGGAGACAUACGGGAGAAAGACCUUUCAAGUGCACAGAAUGUGAUGCUACUUUUACUUUUUUGCUGCAAGUGAUGGUUUGGCAAGGCAUACUAGAACUCACACUGGAGAGCGGCCAUAUAAUUGUGAGCACUGUGGAAUGGCCUUUGCAUAUAAAUCUACUUUCCUCAGGCACAAAUUAGUACACUCUGAAAGUGAAUUCAAGUGCGAUGAUUGUGGAGCAACUUUUAAAGAUCCCCUUAGGCUAGAAAAGCAU